GAAACCAUUGCAAUCCGUGGUAGCAUACACGCAAGUGGGAUACUAUGAGUUGCAUUUCCGCGCAAGGGUCGAUCAUUAAUGUCAAAUCGAACAUUUUCCUUGCCUCGUUUUUAUUGCUGCUGCAACCAGGAUCAUAAUCUUUAUUUUAAAUUUCCAGCCGUUACUCGAGUAGCAUCCCUUCCAACCCCCUCUUUAUGACAUAAUUUUCCUUCAAAAUUCAAUUGACCACACUAUCUCUAGCAUCAACAAUGGCACCAGAGCCAAUCAUCCAGCACUGGCUGCACAGCAUCAGCGGACGUGAAGAAUCCUCAGAAGGCACAAAUCUCCCAUACAAACGCCGGAGGCGAAUCUCCGACAGCCAUUUACCAUGGAUAGCCCCCGCUCCGUCACAGCUAGGAUACAAACUGGAUUAUGUUCCAGAGUUGGAUGAAGGCAAAGACUGCAGCCCAGCAGCAAUUAAGCGUGGGUUGGGUGAUGGCGGGGUUAAGGUGCUGUAUAUGUCCGAGUCGGAUGGAUUGCCUCAUAGUGCUGAUGCGUGUGAGUUUUUGUCUUUUCUCACGCGUGAGGAUAGAGGGACAGUGGAACACAUGGAUGGAGAUACGGAUGCCAUUAAGACGGUCACAGAAGCAGCCUGUAAAUUCGAGGCUGAGGGCCGAGGGAAGGGGUCGUGGGUGUUUGAAGUUGCGUAUCCAAUGAUGCAGCUGGCAGUCAAGGGGACCAAUCUUGAAUCGUGGAGUGUCCAGGGAGAAACUGCCCACGCAGACUAUGGUAUGUGCUGCCCAACACACGAGACAAUUGAUUGCACCAUCGACCUUGUGGCCGGUUUAUCUCCAGUCCAUUGGGAGGGGCAAUACGAACAGUACGCAAACCAGGGAUACGGUUUAUUCGAAACAUUCAGCCACGUCGACGGAAAAUACGGACAUUCAAGUAAGCGACUACUAGGGCCUGGAGUCAAGGUGACAGACUCAUGCAAUGGAUUCGAGAUGGCCGAAGUAGACCUUGGGGUUUGGAUGGGUGGGCUGAUCAGAUGGGGUUUUGAAAAUCGGCGGGGUGUUGACACCCCCCCUCCUGUGGUUGGAUGCAUCAUGACAGGUCAACGAUGGGAAUUCUACAUCAUCUAUGGGUUGGCAGAGAGAUGGAUGCCUGAGGACCCGGGUGAGCCGGAUACCGUGUUGGGUGAAGUGCACGUCUAUGGUCCUCUAGGAGACCUCACAGGCUGGACUGAUACUGAAGAUACUACCGCAUUUCUAUUGGAGACGCUACGACGUGUGAUGGAGUAUACGGGAUCUUCUUAUGCAAAUCUCCUUUUUGACACAAUCCUCAAGUGAUAUACUCACGCCAGCAGAUUAAUACUCAUUUGAUAAUAUUCGUUUCAUAUUUAGAUACAUUCAUCAAAUAUCUUUCACAACAUCCAUAUUUGUCUUUUCUAGCUGCACAACUUGGUGCAAGUGGCUGUAGCUGAUUGCUGACAGGUUCCGAGGCAUGUCUGGCAAGGCGGAGUGCAGCUCGACACGGUCUGCAGAUAACAUUGGUUGUAGUUCCCACCGGGGCACGAGCGGGCCUCGAGGGCAGCAGGCUCUGCGGCAGGGGCGGC